AUGAAGGAAACUCUUCAUUUGCAUCCACCUGCUCCAUUAUUGAUAACCUAUAAAUGUGAUGAAACCGUGAAUAUAAUAGACUUCAAUGUGCCAAAAAAUGCACAAGUGUUAGUCAAUGUAUGGGCCAUGGGAAGAGAUUCAACAAUUUGGGAAAAUCCAAAUAUGUUCAUACCUAAAAGAUUUUUGGAGUGUGACAUUAAUUAUAAGGGUAAUAGUUUUGAGCUUAUACCAUUUAGGGCAAGUAAAAGAAUUUGUCCAGGAUUGCCUUUGGCUCACAGGGGUGUGCAUUUAAUGGUGGCAUCCCUUGUACGCAAUUUUGAAUGGAAACUUGUUGAUGGGCUAAAGCCAGAGGAUAUGAAUAUGGAGGAGAAAUUUGGGUUAACCUUAAAGAUGGUUCAAUCUAUACGAGUUCAAGCUCAUAUGUCACCAACUUAA